CCCCCACCACCCAGUCGGGAGAUAUGGCUGAGAGGGCGGCAAGAUGCGGCGACUCAAAGUGCAGCGUAAAGACCGGCAGGCGCGCGUGAAAACGGGAGCGCUUUAUUUCUGGGCACGGAGUAAUACAGAGGAUUAGCGAAAGCUUGCCGGGGAGGAGGACAGGUCGUCAUCCGCACAAGUGCGGCCCACCUGGCGCUGCCGCCUGCCGCCGAGGGAGACGGCAGAGGUGGAAGAGAUGGCCACACCCCUUAUGCCGCUGCCCGCCCCCAUUGGGCGGGCCUUGCACGGGAUUGGUACUGGCAGCUCCAGGACCCGCAGAGCUGCCUCCCUGGACAGCAUGUCAGGCUCCUCCCCACGUCGGGUGCGGCCAGCGGAGGCCGCUUCCCUCCCCCAGAGGCAGAGUCCCUCGCCCCGCACCCGCCUACGAGUUCGUGGCAGUUCCGUCGAGUUCUCGAGCAGCCCGCGGGCCGGCUGGGAGGAGCGGCCUUUCCUGCCCACUGUCCUGGGCUACGAGGUGAUGGAGGAGCGGUCCAAGUUCACGGUCUACAAGAUCCUGGUGCAGAAGUCGCAGCAGGAGAGCUGGGUGGUCUUCAGGAGGUACACGGACUUUGCCAGGCUCAAUGACAAGCUGAAGGAGAUGUUCCCCGGCUUCCGUCUCUCCUUGCCGCCCAAGCGCUGGUUCAAGGACAACUACAACAGCAGCUUCCUGGAGGAGCGCCAACAGGGCCUCCAGACGUUCCUGCAGAACCUGGUGGCGCACAAGGACGUGGCCGGAUGCUUGCCAGUUCGAGACUUCCUGUGUCUGGACGACCCCCCAGGUCCAUUUGACAGCCUUGAGGAGAGCAGAGCCUUCUGCGAGACUCUGGAGGACUGUAACCACCGGCUGCAGAAGGAGCUGCAGGAGAAGCAGCGAGAGAUCAGCACUCUGCGGAAGAUGCUCAAUGAGCAGCAUCUUCACAUCAAUACGCUGGAGCGAGCCCUCCGCAGAGAGUCCCUGACCCCCGGAAGCUCCUGCCAGUUCUCCAUUCAGGGUAGCGAGAGCAGUGUGGAUGAGAAUGCAGACGGGGAUGUGGAAUGCUCUGCGACAGAGGCGGACCAGGAGAUGGAUGAAGGUGGCAGCUGCAGUGUUCAGACUUCCAGGCAUUCAUCCUGCUGGUGUGGGCCAGCCGUCAGUGGCUCCCCGCCCACCGUGCAGGUGUCUACCAGCCAGCUUGAGUACUGACCCCUUCCCACCAGACCUCACUGCCUUCCAAUCCCUUCCUGGCAGACCUUGGGUGUCAUCGAUCCUGCGUGCAGCGAUGGACAAAGGGCCCUCCCUCCCUGUACAUUAACCACGGAUACCAGACAUGGAACUCUGUGACCCUUACGUACCCCAAACCUCGCUGCACGCAACAUUGCAGGAAACACGACCUGUUGGUCUUCACGGGUUUGAUGGAUGGUCGUUACCACGGUAAGAAUAUCCCUGGUAACUAUGGUAACAGAAGGUUUAUGCUCAUGUUUUUGAAUGGAAUUACUGACCAGGGUAAUGAUGUAAAGGUGUCCUAGGAUUUAAGAGGGGGAGAGGAGGAGGAGCCCUGAUAGUGCUGGGAAUCAGCUGAUGCCUGGCAUCGACCAGCAGGUGGCACCAGUGUAAAGUCAUAUGGAGGCCCGCAAGCCAACCAAAAGACCUGUUUGACUGCAGAUGUUUUUUUUAUUUAUUUUGUGUGUGUGUUUGUCAGUGUGUGUGUGUGUUGUCAAAAAAUUAAUUGAACACUUCCACUAGAAUUGAUUUGAGUGUUCAUUAUUUUUCCUGUUGGCAACGUGGUGCAUUUUCCUUUUAAGCAUUACACUAAUCCCAGGAAUCCAUUUAAUCAAAGUGACCCUUAACAAGGCAGAGAGGCCCCUGCCUCGAACGGAAGGCAGUACUCGGACCUUUAAUCUCCCUCACUCUGGGCAGAAGGCUUCCAUCGAUCCCACCGUGUCGCACAGUGCAGAAUGCUCUUAACGCUGUCAGUGCGUUUGAUUUAUACUCGGGUCCACUUUUUAUAAAGAAUUUUAUACUGCAACAUAGUAAAAUGCUUAGUGACAUAAACUAGGUAAUGAUGAUGUUUAAUUUAUAUGAAGAUACUAGCAAAAAAUAUAUAACUGAUUUCUGUAUCUAUUGACUCUAGGCUGAUAUUCAGAUUUAAGGUGGCAGGGGGCGCUUGAUGCUUGGUUUCUGCAGUAAAGGGAGACACACCACUUCAUUUAUAUACACACACAGACACACACACUACAAGCCAGAAGUUUGGGCCCACACUCCAAUUUUUGAAAGAAUAAAUGAUAGACUGCUUUUUCAAACUCUUAUUACAAGAAAAUAUUAGAAGUACUUAAAACAAAUGUAGCUGAAUGGUUUUGAAGUGUAAUGCAACCUGUUUAAAAUCUACUAUGCGUUGUAAGUGUAUUUUAAUGACUGCGAGUUUCAUAAAAAUAACUACCUCCUACUUUUAUCACAGCAACAGAUUCACAGUAUCCUUUCCAGUGUUUUUUGGAAAUGUCCAAACCCUCACAGCACCUUCUCAAGCAUGCAAACAGUUCAUUUUGAACUUGUUGGUCCAGUUUGCUCCACGGAUGGACUUUCAUCCACAAGACUUGCUUUCAGUCCUGAAUAUUCCAAUAUUUGUGUUACUUAGCCUAUAUUAGUCUUUUUUCUUUGUUAACAUCAGUAAAGGUUUUCUGGCAGCAACUCGACCUUGCAGUCGACCUUGCAGUCCAGCUGCUUUCAGUCUUUGCUUGACUGUCUUAAGAGGUACCGGCUUCCCUCUGUUCACAUUAAUCGCAGCCCUCGCUCAGUCAUUACAGUCAUCUUCCACUUCCCUUUGCACAUUACAACUACUGUAAGUGCUGAUCUUCAGCCUUUGAUGUCACUUUCCUUGGCCCUGACUGUUUCUGAUCACUGUUGCUUCCUGUCAACCUUUUUCUCUGUAAACAGUAGGUCACUCCAUCCUCAGAAACAUUUAGCAUUCUGGCUAUUUGGCGAUAAGAGAACAAGUCUUCACUCAAAAUUCCGAUUUCAGCCCUCCGUUCAGUUGUUAGCUGUGCCUUUCUAGCUAUUACAAAAUAAAAAUAACAAAUAUUUAUCAAAAAUUCUCCCUUAUCAGUGGACAAGGCAGACAAGUGGCUAUCAUUUAGUUUAUUAAGACACUAUCAAGGGAAAUCAAGUUCUGACGUGAUGAAAUAGAAUUCCAACACAAAGUGAAUGUCAAUGCACUGAAAACAAAUCUGAUAUGGUUUCUUCAAAAUAAAUAGUUUCAGCCUUUGUGGCCAAAUAAUGUGUUACUACCAGCUGUAAAAUACUAAAAACCAGUAAGGUACAUUUGUUUUAAGUAUUUCUAAUAUUGUAAUAAAAGUUCUGGCCUGUAGUGUGUGUGUGUCUAUAUAUAUCCCGUGAUAUAUAUAUA